AUGUCCUCCGCCCUCGCGCGCCCUGCCCGCGCGGCUCUCCGCCGCAGCUUCAGCACCUCCGCCCAGAACAAUGCGAAAGUAGCCGUGCUAGGGGCUUCCGGAGGAAUCGGGCAGCCCCUUGCGCUUCUCCUCAAGAACAGUCCCUUGGUGAGCGGCCUGACCCUCUACGAUAUUGCUCAUACGCCUGGAGUGGCCGCAGAUCCCAGCCACAUCGAGACCAGAGCACAUUGCCUGAAAGGCUGCAAUGUGGUGGUUAUUCCAGCAGGAGUCCCGAGAAAACCAGGCAUGACCCGGGAUGACCUGUUCAACACCAAUGCCUGCAUUGUGGCCACCUUGUCUGUUGCCUGCGCCCAGCACUGCCCCGAGGCCAUCAUCAUUUCCAGUCCAGUGAACUCCACCAUCCCAAUCACGACGGAAGUUUUCAAGAAACACGAAAUCUACAACCCCAGUAAAAUCUUCGGGGUGACGACCCUGGACAUUGUCAGAGCCAACACUUUCAUUGGGGUACUGAAGAGUUUGGAUCCUGCUCGAGUCAAUGUUCCUGUCAUUGGCGGCCAUGCUGGGAAGACCAUCAUCCCCCUGAUCUCGCAGUGCACUGCCCAGGUGGACCUUCCCCAGGACCAGCUAACAGCCAUCCCUGGGCAGAUCCAGGAGGCCGGCACCGAGGUGGUGAAGGCCAAAGCUGGGGCACCCUUGGCCACCCUGUCCAUGGCGUACGCCGGAGCCCGGUUUGUCUUCUCCCUUGUGGAUGCGAUGAAUGGAAAGGAAGGAGUUGUGGAGUGUUCCUUCAUUAAGUCCCCAGAAGCCGACUGUGCCUAUUUCUCCACCCCGUUACUGCUGGGGAAAAAGAGCAUUGAGAAGAAUCUAGGCAUCGGCAAGAUCUCCUCUUUCGGAGAGAAGAUGAUAGCGGAAGCCAUCCCUGAGCUGAAGGUCUCCAUCAAGAAGGGAGAGGAGUUCGUGAGGAACGUGAAAUGA